UAUGAUUCACGUUCACCAGAGUGUGUUUGCUCGAAUGAAGGUUGAACUGUUAAAUAACCAUAAAUAAGAGUUUUUAGCAGUUACUAAUGUCGCUAUAAUAACAGCUAUAUUAUAUUUGGCUUUGUCUGCUUUAGGGAUUCCAGAAAAGGGUAACGAUGGCUGGUCUUUCUAACUAUGCUCUUCGCAUGGCCCGUCUGAGUGCUCGAAUCUUUGGAGACGUCUCCCGCCAGACAGACGGCAGGUCUAUGAAAGUGGUGGAGUUAUUUAAAGAGCCCCCAUUGGCCCAGAGAAAAGAAGUGUAUGACUGGUACCCUCCACACAAAAUUUACUACUCGAUGACCCAGAGACUUCGAUACAUGGGGCUUUUCAGGGACGAACACCAGGAUUUCAAGGAGGAAAUGAGACGCAUGAGGAAACUGCGGGGUAAAGGGAGACCCAACAAGGGAGAAGGAAAGAGAGCCACAAAGAAGAAGUAGAUUUCAGCUAUUUAUGAAUGGACACUUGAGAGAAUCUGAUGAAGAAGAUAAAAACCUGUAUGGACAUUGUUUGUGACUUGGAGAUAAUAUGGUAAAACAAUACAAACAAACAGAAAAUACUCAUAUGUAAUGAAAAUUAAAUGUACAUUUUUUUAAAA